UUUUCUCGAAAAAAAUUGUUGUUUAUUGCAGUUUCUUCCACAUUAAAGCUGGCGCCGUCUCCAUCUUCCAAAUUUCCACGAAGCCUCGCUUCAUCAUCUUCAAUCUCUGCCCAACCACUUUCCUUCAAAACUCAUCGUCCCCGUUUUCCAAAAACACAACAGACAACCAACGAAUUUCAUCACCAUGAACACCCAGCAACACUCGCACGACAGACUCCAAGAACUCAAAAACUUCGACGACGCAAAACUCGGAGUCAAAGGUUUAGUUGACUCGGGCAUCACCGCCAUCCCCCGUUUCUUCAUCCACCCUCCCGAAACUCUGUCGGAUCUUAAAAGACCUGGGGCCGGUGCCGGGCCCGAAUCCGAUAUCAUUCCUACCAUUGAUUUGUCCGGGGCGGAGGCUGAAUUGCGGUCGUCGAUAGUGGAAAAGAUCGGCCGUGCGUCGCGGGAACUGGGGUUUUUUCAGGUGGUUAAUCAUGGGAUUGAGGUGGAGGUUUUGGAGCGUUUGAUUGGAGGUAUUAAAGCGUUUCAUGAGCAGCCGACAGAGAUGAAGGCGCUGGUGUAUAGGAGAGAGAUGAACACAGGGGUUUCGUUCUUUUCUAACGUGGAUUUGUAUCAAUCUAAAGCUGCGAGCUGGAGGGACACGCUGCAGAUAAGGUUGGGUCCGACCCUACCAGAGCUUGAUGAAAUUCCUGAAAUAUGUAGAAAAAAGGUGGUGGAGUGGAAUGAGCAUGUUAAACCGCUAGGGGAGCUCUUGAUGGGGCUGUUGUGUGAAGGUUUGGGAGUGGAGUCAGGAAGGUUGAAGGAGAUGACUUUUUCGGAAGGCAGGGUGAUGGUGGCCCAUUACUAUCCGUACUGUCCGCAGCCUGAUCUUACGGUGGGAAUUACAUCUCAUACCGAUCCAGGAGCUUUGACAAUUUUGCUGCAAGGUCAAGUUGGUGGGCUGCAGGUUAAGUAUGGCGAGGAAUGGGUGGAUGUUAAGCCUAUCCCUGGAGCUCUUGUUAUCAACAUUGGAGAUAUAUUUCAGAUUUUGUCGAAUGAUGAAUACAGAAGCGUGGAACAUAGAGUGUUGGCUAAUCCAUCCCAGGAACCCCGAAUCUCAGUUGCGGUAUUCUUCAACUCAAGUGACAAGGGUAGUUUGCGUGGACCAUUGCCAGAGCUGAUAUCACCGGAGAAGCCAGCUGUUUUCCGGCACUUCACCCACGCGGAUUAUAUGAGAAGGUUCUUCACGAAGGAGUUGGAUGGCAAAUCAUUAGUAAAUUACUAUAGGUUGUCAGAAACAGAGUGAACAGGAUGAAGUACAAUGUGAAUCUGAUUGUAAGAGAUUUAAAAAUAUAAUGUACAAGUCAUUUGCAUAAUGCACAAACUUGUGUAAACAUUGACAGCAUUGCAAUAACGUCAGUGAAAAUGAAGAGAGUUUUACAAUUGAGCUUCAUUUCA